AUGUCAACUUCUGCAUCAAAACGUCGCCAUUCACUCGGAACUCCAUUAAGAAACUCCAGAGAAACAAAUGCUCCUUUAAAUGAUGACGCCUCAGAGCUCAGAUCUCGUAGAAAAUCUUUAGCAGACUCAAUGCGAAGAAAAUCCUUAAAUGUUUCUGGAGGUAGUGUCGCUCCUGUUAGAGUUGGUAGUCAAAACGUGUCGACUCCAAGUCAAAGAACCUCAAUUAAACCUUUGGAAGUAGUCACCCCU